AUAAUCCUCAUCUCUGUCUUUCUCCUUCGCUGCUUCAAUGGAAGCAAUGGCGACCUUCUCCUCCCUUCCAGCUCUCUUCUCUCGUCCUCCUGUUCGCUUCUUGGCUUCCCUUUCCAUCCCCUUCCUCCCAAACCGUCGCGUGGUUGGUCGCCGAUUCCGAAAUCUCCGCUUUGUGUUUACUUCUUGCUCUGCCGAUCGGGUCGUGGCGCGGCCGUCUUCGGAGUUUCGGAGAAAGAGUUCCGUCGCUGGACACGAGGAUGAGAAGCUCCGAGCACUCCGGGCGUUGUUUUCGAGGCCGGGGAUUGGGAUUGAUGCCUACAUCAUACCCUCGCAGGACGCUCACCAGAGUGAGUUCAUUGCUGAAUGUUUCAUGCGGCGAGCUUAUAUAUCUGGCUUCACUGGUAGUGCUGGGACCGCAGUUGUAACCAAAGACAAGGCUGCUCUUUGGACUGAUGCUCGCUAUUUUCUUCAGGCUGAGAAGCAGUUAGGCUCUGACUGGAUUGUUAUGCGAAGUGGGAACCUUGGUGUUCCUACAACGAUUGAGUGGCUCAAUGAUGUGUUGACUCCUGGUUGCAGGAUUGGCAUAGAUCCUUAUCUUUUCUCAUCUGAUGCUACCGAUGAACUGAAAGAAGCAAUUUCCAAGAAAAACCAUGAACUAGUUUUCCUGUAUGAUAUCAAUCUGGUGGAUGAGAUCUGGGGAGAUUCCAGGCCAAAGCCUCCAAUGAAACCAAUCAGAGUUCAUGAAAUCAAGUAUGCUGGUGUUGAUGUCUCAUCAAAACUAUCCUCCUUAAGAUCUGAACUUUUUGAAGCUGGCUGCACAGCUAUUGUUAUAUCCAUGCUUGAUGAAGUUGCUUGGCUCUUAAACCUGAGAGGAAAUGAUGUUCCACAUUCACCUGUGUUCUAUUCAUAUUUGAUUGUGGACGCUACUGGUGCUAAAUUAUUUGUUGAUAACAAUAAAGUUACUGACCAAGUGAUUGCUCACCUGAGAACUGCUGGAGUUGAAUUGAGGCCAUAUGAAGCCAUUCUUUCUGAACUUGAGAGUUUGGCUGCAGAAGGAGCAAAACUCUGGUUGGAUUCGUCAACUAUGAAUGCUGCAGUUGUGAACAUAUAUAAGUCUGCUUGCGACAUAAAUGGAAGAUUUGUAGAAAAGGGGCUUGCUGGACUCUACAGGGCUUCACCUGUUUCCAUAGCCAAAGCUGUGAAAAAUGAGUCAGAGCUUGAGGGAAUGCGCAAUUCACAUUUGAGAGAUGCAGCUGCUUUGACAGAGUUUUGGGCUUGGCUGGAAGAAGAAAUUAGUAGGAAUGCAGUUCUAACAGAAGUUGAAGUUGCUGAUAAACUACUUGAAUUUCGGGGAAAGCAGGCUGGUUUUUUGGAGACAAGCUUUGAUACUAUUAGUGGAUAUGGUGCAAAUGGUGCUAUCGUACAUUAUAGGCCAGAACCAGAGAGCUGCAGUAUUGUUGACAGCAAGAACCUUUUCCUAUUAGAUAGUGGUGCUCAGUAUGUUGAUGGGACCACUGAUAUAACGAGGACUGUACAUUUUGGUGAACCUUCUUCACGCCAAAAAGAGUGUUAUACAAGAGUAUUGAAGGGCCAUAUUGCUCUAGAUCAGGCCGUAUUCCCUGAAAAUACUCCUGGUUUUGUCCUCGAUGUGCUGGCUCGUUCUUCCUUAUGGAAAGUUGGGCUUGAUUAUCGUCAUGGGACUGGCCAUGGGGUUGGAGCUGCCUUAAAUGUCCACGAAGGCCCUCAGGGUAUAAGCUUUCGGUAUGGAAAUUUCACUACGUUGCAGAAGGGUAUGGUAGUCAGCAAUGAACCAGGUUAUUAUGAAGACCAUUCAUUUGGUAUUAGGAUUGAGAACCUCCUGUAUGUGAAAGAGGCAAAUGUGCCAAAUCGCUAUGGAGGAAUUGGUUAUCUUGGUUUUGAAAAGCUUACUUUCGUUCCUAUUCAGAGCAAGCUGAUUGAGCUGUCCCUUAUGACCCCUGAGGAGAUCAGUUGGCUCAAUCAAUACCACUCACAAGUGUGGGAAAAGGUCUCACCUUUGGUAGAUGGCUCUGCUCGCAAGUGGCUUCGGAAUAACACCCGGCCUCUACCACAUUAACUGUGUGCAUCAUCAAUUCAAAUCUUAUUCAUCUUGACAUGAUAAGCAAGAUCUACAUGGACUGAAGAAACAAAUACAUCAUCAUAUUAUGUACAGUGGCAGGAAAUUGUCAAUAGAAAUUAAGAUAUAUAUUUGUAUUGUGUUGGUCUAUUUAUUUGUCAAGAAUGAAGACCAAAAUUCCUUUGUGUUUCUUUUUAUUUUUACUGUUUAUUUCCCUUAUUUGAUUUUAGCUAUGAAGUACCAACUUAAUUGUGGUUUCAUUUAUUAUUUAAGGUUAUGUUUUAAUGGAAUGAGUUUGUCUUUUAA